AUGCAGCGCUCAACCCUUGCCCUCCUGCUGGUGGCGGGCCUACUGGUGGCAGCGGACGCUGCAGCCCCCAAUGAGGUGAGCACCAAGCCGUCUGCCGCGGCGUCGACAGUGUGCGCGACAGCAGCGAACGCCUCGGAGCCCAGGCGCUCCGCUUCCGCCCAGCUCCCCACCACGCACGUCGGCGGCGCGAUGAAAGCGUCCGAGCCGCAGGCUGCCGCCAAGGCAACCCCAAAGCCCUCCCCCUCCCCCGCCGCCACCGCAACGCCCCAGGGCCGCCUGCUGCUGUCCCAGGCCGCCAGCGCCGACGCCAAUCCGCACGCAGCCCGAACCGAGAUGACAGCGGGCCGCCGUCUGUUUCAAUCCCUCCAGUCCCUCUCGUCCGCUCCGAGUCACGACCCCCCAGACUACUACCCCCACAACAGGCCCAACAACCACCCCCAGCACCACUACGGCGGCCACCUGCGCGCCUCCUGGUUUAGCGCGUGA